CCCUCCCUCACAACUUCUGGAAUCUCACACUGAUGACGUCACCUCCCCCACUACUCCCCUCGCUCACCCGGAUGCUGAAACUCGCGCGCCAGCGGAAGUGACGUCGUUCGGCGUGCGCGCGCUGCGCGCCACGGGACGGUUGGCGCGAGAUUCGGUGCAGGGCGGCGUCGCCCAUCAGCUCGCUGGGGGCCCUCAAAGCCGCCAACAUUUCCCUCACGCCACGCACACUACUGCUCAGGCUCAUUGCGUCCAGCACCGCUUCUGAUUAUAUCCCCGCCGCUCACCCUCAUCGCCGCACUCCCGUCGCGUGUGUGGAGUGGCGACGGGGGGGGGGGGGUAAAAAAAAAACGCGAGGACGAAUGGAGGCGGCGUGGCGGCGGUGGCGGCCGUGAAUCAGCAGCGGCGGCAGCGGCGAGGAGGUGGAGGGAGAGCGGACAUGGCGCAGCUCCUGAGCGCAGUGAGCUUACAUCAGGGCUUCACGGGGAUAUCGGAGUAUGGCAGCAGCGAUGAUGAUGACUGCGACGAGAGUGAGCGCGAUCAGUCGGAGCAGAACCCUGGCCACUCGCGCAGCUCCGGCUUCAAGCCUCGCUGGACCAGGGAGGAGGAUGACCAGCUGAAGAGUAUUGUUGACAGGUUGGGAGUGAAGGACUGGAAGUUGAUCGCAAGCAACAUGCCGAACCGGUCGGACACUCAGUGUUUGAACCGCUGGCAGAAGGUACUCAGCCCCGAGCUGGUGAAGGGACCGUGGACUAAGGAGGAAGAUCAGAAGGUGAUAGAGCUGGUGCAAAAGUAUGGCCCCAAGUCCUGGGCCCUCGUCGCCAAGCAGCUGAAGGGGCGCAUCGGCAAGCAAUGCCGUGAGCGCUGGAUCAACCACCUCAACCCUAAGGUGAAGAAGUCAUCGUGGACCGAGAUGGAGGACCACAUCAUCUACGAAGCUCACAAGAGCCUGGGCAACCGCUGGGCUCUCAUCGCCAAGUUGCUGCCCGGCCGGACGGACAACGCCAUCAAGAACCACUGGAACUCGACCAUGAGGCGGAAGGUGGAGAAGAUGGGCUACCCGACGGAGAACACGGUGCCCGCGUGCCUGGCGGCCGCACCUCAGCCGCAGGUGCCAUUCGUCCUGAUGUGCCCGUCCUCGCGGAGCGGCUCCACGCUGCAGUGCAUCCAGAUCAGCGACUCGAACUCGGUACGGGCACGUGCGCAAUACCCGUUGGUGCUUUACACAAGUGCCACUGCCAGCCAGCAAGUUGAUGGCGUGGAAGUGGACACCGAGCAGCUGGAGCUGAAGCCUGACAUCAAGGUGGUGUCCGAGCGGUGCGCCGAGGCCUUGGCUUGCCCACUGCCGGUACGGCAGCAGCAUCAGCCGGAGGAGCUCCCGUUGCCCGCGCCGGUGGCCACGGUCGGGGUAGAGCCGCAAAGCGAGCCAGCUGUGGGUGAGGUGGUGCCGACGACUGAGGACGAGGCGGCCGCAAACCAGCUGGUGCUGGUGGACGGCGCGGAGGGCUCGUCUCCGCUCGAGGCCAUCUCCGAGUUCGCCGACGCGCUGCAGUUCAUCGAGUCGGAAAUGUUUUUCGAUGACUCAACCUCGCUGGGAGAGAUCUAUGAGCUGGCCGAGCUGGUCGAAGGGACGGUCAUCCCCAGCGCCGCCCCACAGCCGCCUGUGAUCGAUGCUCAUCCCAGCGCGCCCGCCAACUCGAAGCAGCUGCCGCAAAUUACUCCCGAGGCGGAGGUGCCUCUGCUGACGACGCCCACGGUCACCGUCAAGUUCAGCCCUCCCACCAUCCUGAGGCGCAGGAGCGUGCGCGGGGUCAGCCACUCCUCCCCCGCCUUCUCGUCGUCGCUGAUGGACGAGAUGAGCGAACUGCAGGACACUCCCAAAAGCACGCCCCUCAAGAAGCUCAGCUUCUCCCCGUCGCAGUUCCUGAACGUGAAGGUGCAGGACGGCAUCCGCUUGGAUUCGGGCCCGUCCCUCACCUCUACUCCUGUGUGCAGCCACAAGGUGGAGGUGACCACGCCACUGCAGAGGGACCACACGCCGAAGCCCUCCAAGGGUGGUGGCAAAGCCUACCGCACCCUCAACAUCCGGCGCUCCAUCCUGGGACCGCCUCGUACCCCCACGCCAUUCAAGAAAGCCCUGGCAGCCCAGGAGAGCAAGUACGGUCCCGUCAAGCUAAUGCCUCAGACACCUUCCCAGCUGGAGCAGGACCUGCUGGAGGUGCUGGAGAAGGAUGUGUCCUCGUUGCAGGACACCCCAGGAAGAUUCACCGGCCUGCGCUCGGCCAAAACCGGUAACCCCUGGAAGGCCGACUUUCCCGCCAAGCGUGCUCGCAAAUCUCUGGCCCUCGACAAGAUGGACACUGAGAACUGCUGCCAUGUCCUGCCAACCAAGGACCAGGCCGUCGUCAACCCUACCAGCAAGAGCCGAGCGAGGCACAAGAGGAGGGUGAUGGCGGAUGAGGCUGAGGAGAGUCCUCGCCAGCCGCUCACCCCGCUACGCACCUCACUCCAGGACAACCUCUGCUGCAAGAUGCCCAUCCAGAUGAGCGAGGAGUGGGAGGCCGUGGCGUGCGGCAAGACGGAGGACCAAGUGUUGAUGACGGAGAAGGCUCGCAGGAUCCUGCACACCCUGCCUCCGCGGAGCCUGGUGCUGUGAGCGAGUGCCACCGCACAACCCCCCCGUGGCUCGUCCGACCCCUCCGUGCGCUUCGAUAGCGACGUGACAGACGUUCCCCCCCCCCCCCCCCCCCGAACGGCAAAGUGAGCGUUGACGUGCCAGGGUUUUUUCCGAAACGGCGGCGAUUUGGUUUUCCCGCCAAAUCCCGCGCCGGCGUUCAUUCUCUAGGUUAAGGUGUUUGUGGGAGUAUUUAAAUGGAGAACCCCGUAGCGGGAUUGUUAACUGUAAGUGUAAUGGGUUCAACUGAGUCGCAGACGUAGACUUGGGGGCAACACAUUUAUUCAGUUCCAACACACGGGGUAACUUUCCCCUUAACAGAAUAACAACCUAUGGUGGUGACCACCAGGCUAACUACACUAGUUACAACAUAACUGCUACUACAGACCGGGACCAACAACAGCUUUGGCCCGGGUCCACGUGUUGGAGACUCGUUGAACGGAGAACAUAAACAAAGGGUUUCUUCCAGGAUGAACAACGACCCCGGUGGUCCCUCUGGGGACCCGGC